GGCCACGCCGCUGGGGAUUGGGAUCGGAUAAACGAUACUCAGUGUGAGCUCCAGGCCUCCCCAGACUGGAGCAAGAGCUGACGGUGCCCGCACUUCCUUCUCCGACGUCGCCGGCGCAUCGGCGGUGCGGCGCCGGCUCCUCCGCGGGGGUUGCGGAAGGGAUGCCCUGGACCACCUGCUCGGGCCCCAGUUCUGGGAGGCCCCCAGAGCGGCGGGCCGCUCACGGGGGGCGGCGAUGGUGCUGCACGCGAAGAAGUCCGCGCAGCUGCUGCGCGACCUGCAGAGAGCGAGGUGGCUGCCGCCGUUCAACGAGAAAGUAAUCAAGGAGGUGGCCGAUGAGAUCAACAACGAUUUCCGGGAGUUCAUGAGCCUGACGCGUAUGCUCGACGCGGACAUGGCAGAGGACCUGGAGGUGCCACAGGACACCGCAGGCGGCUUGAUGCUGUUCACCGACCUGAUGGAGCGGAACAAACGCAACAUUCUCAUCUACCUCAACCACCGGCUCGAGAAGAUCGAGGAGCUGAGGUGGGAGAUCGGCCACAUGAUCCCCGAGGACAAGUUGGGCAUGCUCAGCGAGGCAGAGAAGGUCUACCUGUAUAGGUACAACGACAUCCUGGACGACUACAUGAGACACUACGUCCCUGAGUGCAAGGCGGGCCUCGACCUCACCGCCGACGUCGAGGCCCCCGAGGAGAUGAACGUGCAGGUCCGCGUGUUGGACGACAGCGUGGGGGAGAUCCUCACUCCGGACACGGCGUAGUCCGCCUCCAGAAGGGAUGCCAGCUGUUCCUGAAGCGGACGGACGUUGAGCACCUGAUCCGCGCGGGCAAGGUUGAGCACGUGAGGACCGUCCGCGGGGAGGAUGUCGGCGCGAUGCGGUGAGGCCUCCUCGUGCCCGCCGCACGAGGCUGGUGUAGUUUUAAUAUACUCAGGUUCGUGGGCGUUCUCGCAUUUCUUCCCUCUCCUUUCUGCUUGCUGCCUCCCCUCCCGCCUCAUCCCCCCUCUUUCUCUUCUCUGCUGCUCCGCGUGGGUGGUGCUCGUGCACUGGGGCCUCGUCUGCUGAAGACUCUGAGGAGUGGCUAUCGACGGGCACAA